CCUACACACACCCACGUUUAGUACUUGACAAAUACACACGUGCAUCUAUUAUGUAAUUAUAUUUCUGUUCAGGGCUUGACUACUUAGUCCAGGGUUGUCUGAGGUGGGGCUUAUCACAAGUUUCAAGGAAAGAGAAAGAGGACGGCUGGGUGCAGCACAGUCGGCUGUGAAGUAACAGCUGUUGACCAUGGAGCAAAUAUACUGAGACAGUGGCACCUGGCAUAUUUGAAACUCUCUAUAGAAGCUUCCACUGAAAUUUCCAUGGAAAUUUGAGCACAAAGUCAUUUCUGCCUUGGUAUCAUAAGGAAAAAUGUACAUCAGCUUCUCAAGUAAUGACAAUAUGCCACAGCCAAACAUGGAGUACUCCAAACUGCGGUGGUUAUUAAGUACUAUUGGGUUCUUCCUGUACAUCGUGGACAUUUGCACGGACAUUCUAUUGGCUAUGAAGUAUUUUUAUGAGACACAAUAUGUUUGGAGUGGAUUGACUAUCUUGUUUGUCUUCACUGGACUGUUGGUAACCCAGAUCUUCAGCUGUGCUUGGUACUUUGACGAUAUGGAUGGAAAACAAACCAUAGCAGGCAUGUCAAAAUGCAGACUUGUGGCCCUGCAUGUAUUAGGCACUGGCACCUUCAUGAGGUAUUAUCAGCUGCUGACAGGAGGCAGCAAAAAGGUUUGGACAAAAAAUAAAUCUACUGUAACAGAACAGAUGAAGGAGGAACACCACAAAUUGUUCUGUAUGGCGACUGAUCUGAGCAUGCUGAAACUGUUUGAGGCUUUUUUGGAGAGUGUUCCCCAGCUCCUGUUACAGCUUUACAUCUUCCUAUGCCACAAUGAGUGGUCAGUCAUGCAGUAUAUAUCUCUGGUCUUCUCCUUCUUAAACGUGGCCUGGGUACUGGUGGACUAUCGCCGUUGCCUGCGCAGAUCAAUUCCCGCCUAUAGAGAAAUGCCUUCAGGCCUGCCAACAGUAGUCUAUCUCCUCUACAAACUCUGCACCAUCACCAGCCACAUUCUCAGCUGCAGCCUCUUCCUCACAUUCAGCCCCUACACCACAGUGGCCCUCACUGUCCUCUGGCUACUGGGAACCAUAUAUACACACUUGCUUCAAACCAGUUUUUGUUCAUCCAGAGUCCUUGAGCUUCUCUAUCGGGGAGUUGUAGGAGUCAUCCUCGUAUUUACCUUCUUCAAUGUUAAAGGAGAGGACACCAAAGUACACAUGAUAAUCUAUUAUGUUUUCUACUCUGUUAUAAACAUCACAGCUCCAGUAUUGCUGUUUUUCUUAAGGCCAGAGAUGCAGACGAGCACAGUUUUAUUGACAGCAGGUGGUUUAAUCUUUGGAGCUUUGGUGCUGGGGCUGCUGUGUCUCGUGCUGUAUUACCGCUACCUGCACCCCAGGGGGACGUUGCUCCAGUCAGAUGAGGUGGAUGGCAUGGACAAAGAAGCAGAGAAAACAAGGAAUGCAAAAGUAAAGAAAGUAAGGGACUUUUUACAACCUUAAUUACAGUUCUUUCAAACUAUUCCUAAGGCUUACAGUGAGAGGGCAAAGAAAUUCCCACACAGGGUGUGAAUUGAACAGUUUAAUGGGAAAAAAUCAAAUAAAGACUCUUUACAGAGAACCUGUGAUACAAUUCAUGCAAGUCACUCAGCACUAAUGCACUUCCUGGUUAUCUUUAAGUAUUUGGAGAAAAGUUUGCAUUCUCAUUACUGAUGUAAAUAUGUAGUUAAUUAUUUGGAAUACAGUUAAAUGUACUAUAAUAUAUUUAUUCUUCGUUUAUUUAUUUAUUUAUUUUGUCAUGUAUGAUAAUGUACGACGGCCCUGGGAUACAAAUCAGAACUACAAACGAUGAAAUAUAACUAUGAAAGCAAAGAUUAGACUUUUCUAGAAACAACAACAAAGCAAAGAACAAAACACUUUUCAAAUAAUGCAACCACAUUUCAGAAAGGAUAAGAAAACAACAUGCAACAACAAAGCAGAAUGCCAAAUUCCAAAAAAACACAUGGAAGUUUCAUAAAACAAAAAUUUCUUUUGGGCAAAGAUUUCUGGAUGUGUGUGUUUUAUGGGAGGCAAAGUUGCAGUUUAUUGUCUAAUACAUUUUUAGACAAACAUUUUCAUGUCUUCCUUUAAAUGAGAAUUUAUUAAAAUCAGAAAUAAAAUAGCGCCACAAAAUUUAGCUUCAUAGUUUGGAGUUUAAAUACAGAUUUGUAGAAAAUGAGAGCUCACCAAAAUUCGGAAUUUGAAAUUUGAGUCAUUGAUUGUGUGUUUUUGUUCUGCUUAUUGAAAGUAUGAGCAGCUUGGUGGUAAAAUCCAUCUGACUGUGCUCAGUUUGUAAAAGUAUUCAUGACAACAUUACUUUACAAUCUGCCACAUUCAGGAGAGAUUACAGUUACUGUAAAUAUACUGCAUAAGACAAAUAUGGCAGAAGCUCUGGGACAGUGGCUGGAACUAAGUACCAAGCAUGUAUCAACACCUUUUUAAAAAAAUCUAAUGUGCUGAGAAAAGUCAAAAUAUGCAUAAAUAUUACUCUGUAUAUAACUAUUUUAUCUGUAUAGUUACAGAAGAUCAAGCCUCAUGACACAGCAUUAGAAUCUUUCGCUCUUUUAUUCUCAGGAUCCACAAUCUUCUCCUGCUUCAGGUAAAGAAAUGUAAUUCUUUCAGAAUGUUGAAAACUUUCAUACCAUUUUUUUAUUGUUGGUACGGUUAACUGCUUUGCUGCUUGACUCAGCUUAACAAACAGGGAUGAUGUCAAGUGUUGCACAUAUGCCACUGAGAUGAUGAUGCACAGAAACCCAUGAAAUGAAUGAAAGAAUAGGACAUUUCUCAAAAACUUUUGCAUUUUCUCUUUUAUUUGUUUUUUUUUCCUAUUGAAUUAUUAUGGCCCAUAUUGUGGAAAUUUUACUUUGAUUUGAGAGCUGCAUUUUUUUUUUCUUGUCUUGAUGUUUUAGGUUGUGUAGUUCUUUUUGUAAAACUGUGCAUUUUCUGAUGUUGAUUGUUUUCGUGAAAUGUCAGGUUUUUGCUUUUCUUGUGGGGUUUCGUCUCAGGUUUUGAUUUAAAGGUCAAGGCCAUCGUCAUAAUGUAAAUAAUUGUUUGCUUUCAGUAAGAGUUGGCCUCUUGGAAAAUCUUGAAGAGUUUUAACAACCAAUAAAGACAGAUAAGUGCACACAUUAUAACUAAAGAAAACAACCUCUUCCUCUGGUGUUUAUACUGUGAUUUACCCACUUUGGCACAAAAUUCAUUACAUAACUACAAUUUUGUCUUUCAUUGUUGCAAAGCUUUUAUUAACUGUUCCAUUUAUGCCCCCACAGACUUUUACAACACUUUGUUGUUAAAGCUUGGAUAGCCCAUUGUCUUUUCAGGGUUUUGUCUUAUUGUAUGUGCCAUAUACCUGCAGUUCACAUGCUCAACACAGGAUGGCGCCAUUAUCAAGGCUGAUUUUUGUUUAAGGCAGAAAUGUCACAUUUUGACGUUUGCCAACUUUACACAAUUUAUCAUAUAUGAUUUACUUUUUAUAA